GCUUUCACCGUAGGUCGAGAAGUUUAAAAGGAACCCGGAACAGCCAAGUACUGUCGAGAAGUUACGCUAUCGCAAUCAGCAGAUGAAAGACUUCCGUACACUCGAUGCCUUGGAACUGCAGGGUAUAUGCAAGGAUGAGCGAGUGGCCUAUAACGGUAAGAUCGAUGCGAUAUUUGAUAUCGCUAGUCAUCGUGCUCGGGUGCACUUCGGCGAGAUCGAAGCGAUUGACGUGUCUAGUGCUACGGAACUGGAAAACGAGGAAUCAACUACUGUGAAGCGUUGGUUGUGUGCCUUCGGAUCAGGGAACUACCUACUCUUACCCGUUGCCCAGUCGGAUGAGAAGGAUCGCCUUACUCUUGAGGAGGUUUACAUUAGACAAUGGUCACCAUUUAUGAAUAGCGUCGGUGUUGCCAAGAGCAGUAAGGGGAGGAAGAAGAACCGAAGGGGGAGGAAGGAAAGGAAGGUGAUGUUGGGCAACGAACGUGUGAUACGCCUUUUAUCUUUCCUAUUAGGUGAUGACGUGGACCCUGUGCUAAACUUGGUGGAAUCACUCACUGAGAAAUCGGAGAGUAGUCAACGACAGUUGACCAUCAAGACCGAAGGAGGUAACACUUGGGUUGGUGGAUGGAAGGAGUUAAGAAAGAGGUUCGGAGAAUCGACGAUUAGGGAGGGGAAGACUACGUGUUUGCUUAAAUCUUGUAAGAAGUUUUUUGAGGAAAGGGGUACUUUUGAGAUCGUUUAUCUGCGAAUGUGGAAGCCGAAGGCGAGAAUCUUAAAGGCUAUCUUGGUUGGUAUUCUGAGAAACCCGAGGAGGAUUUCAGAAUUUUACACUUGGGGACUGAAAUCUCUGAUGAAGCUGUACAAUGUGAUUAAGGAUUUCAGUAAGAAAUCUACUAGGAAGUAUCUUAGGCACUUGGUAUCUCGAGUAGUCCGGGACAAGUUUGGAUUUAGUAUGUCCGUCGAUCUCGUUAUACUCGUGAAAUUCGAUGACCGUAUUAGAUUAGUGGAACUAAAAAAGUUACUGGACGAUGGUAUUAUGGCGUGUGAUCUGCCGGUCUACGUUCGGAAACGGACACUGAUAAAAGUGCGGAUCGUUUGGGUUAAGAACCCUUCGAUCGGACAUACUCUUCAUAAUCAACGAGCGUUUGCUGGUCAUGAAUUCUCUACCUGCGUCUGUGCAGGGACAUCCCACCUGAAAGUGGACGGCACGAACGCUAACGACAUUCCUCGUCCCGACAUUCCGAAACGUAGAAUUUUGCUGCAGCAGGAGGUUGCAUCUGGUUUCUCGAACUGGUUUAACCUGAAGGGAGCUAUACCUGACUUCAUUGUUUUCGAUUUUCAAGCUUGCUUCGGUGUGACUGAUGAUGACUCGGAUAAGAUCUCUCUUGAUGAUGUCAUCACAGUGAAAAGGGAGUGCGAGGGUCUCGUACUCACUCCACUGGAUCGAAAUGCUGGUGAAACACUGGUAAUGUGCCCGUUAGUGUACCAUAGGGCAAUGAUGGAAUCGUUUGUGAUGAAUUUUGGCUAUCGGAUGGUUCAGGAGUGUGAGAGCGAGGUUCUUGCAAGAGUAAGAAUGGAAGUCCGGGAGGAAGGGUUGAGUAAGUUUGCUCGGUGGGAUGGUAAGGGGCGCUAUGGAGUAUCGUAUGUUCUUCCUAAACAUAAAGAUACGAGUCGCUUCCGGCCUAUCUGCCCCACCUUCAAGGAGCCGAUGGUGAAGACCGGGUGUGUGGUGACGAAGGCGUUGAACCACUUACUUUUCCAGCUACCGGUGGACAACCACUUCAACCUUCAGGCUGUCUCGAAUCUCGUUGGGCGCCUGCAACGCAUCAACAAGAAGAUCGAGCGAGGUAAACUGGGGAGAGUGGAGUCGUCCUCAUAUGACAUCAAGGAGAUGUUCAGCCGAUUGCCCCAUGAAGAUAUUCUCGAUGCAGUGUCUUGGAUCGUUGACCAUUAUCGUGGGAAAGGGAAAUCUUUUGUGCGAGUCAACACCAGGGGCAGAGGCCCCUCAUUCGGGAAGACCACGGGGGCUGACAAUUGGAGACAGCUUGAGUUAGAUGAUAUGCUCAAGUUUGUACGAUUGGAGUUGAAGCAUACCUAUACGUAUGCUACUGGUGUUCUUCUGAGACAGGUAGUCGCAUCCCGAUGGGGAAGAGCACGAGCCCACAUUUGGCGUGUACCCUGUGUGCCUACACGGAAUGGUGGUGAGAUGUUGAAUCACAAGCAAAUGUUUCUUGGUCUCGAAGGGGUGCUGAGGGUAGGGUAGGGGGGUGGGGUAAAUUUUGGACGUCCAGUAAAAGCAUUUUACUGAG